AAGGGAGAGAUUGAGGGAGGGGGAGUGAAAGAGCAAGAGAGAGAGAGUGGCGGGAGAGGGACAGAGAGCUGUUAGGAGAGAGGAAGAAGGAGGAUGUGAUAAACGUUCUGAGGUGUUCCUCCUGAGCAGAGAGAGAGAGAGAGAGCUUUUCCCCCCUUGCCACCACCAUGAGGAUCACCACCACCAGCCAGUCUAACUAGGAGGAAUUAGAUCAUCCACUGGGACACGCCAGCCAUAACCAGAAGAGCACGUCGUUCCGACACCCUGUGACUGGACAGAUAUCUCCAGAAAACACUGAAUAUAUGCUCCACGACAAGACAGAGUCCCGGGGCAUGUCCAAGCCACCGCCACCGGUCAGUCAGAGGCCCCCCAGCAUGGUCAGCCAGACUUCCAAGGCAGUGACCUCAUCAACAGUGGACGCCACCUCAGGGUCAAAGCCGCAGGGUUCUAGGAGUAGUGGCAAGGUACACAGCUUCGGCAAGAGGGACCAAGCCAUCAAGAGGAACCCCAAUAUCCCUGUGGUGGUCAGGGGAUGGCUCUACAAACAGGACAGCUCUGGAAUGAGACUGUGGAAGAGGAAGUGGUUUGUCUUGUCCGACUACUGCUUGUUUUAUUACAAAGACAGCAGAGAGGAGACGGUUUUGGGGAGCAUCCCCCUGCCCAGUUAUGUCAUCGCCCCUGUGGAGCCUGAUGACCACAUCAGCCGCAAGUAUGCCUUCAAGGCGAGCCACACAGGAAUGCGCUCCUACAUUUACAAUAAGAACUCUGUGAUUGGCUCGCAGGCAGAGCACGGUGGGAUGAGGACGUACUUCUUCAGUGCCGACACGCAGGAGGACAUGAAUGGUUGGAUCCGAGCCAUGAAUAAGGCUGCUCUCAUGCAGAGUCAAGGCAUCAAGAGAGAGGCAGUCACAGAGAGACCAGAAAUGUCAGUGCAGCAGGCAGUACCACAGACCAACCACGUUAACAACAACAACACCAGUAAGAGCCCCUCCCAGUCGCGUUCAGGGAGCCUCCAGCGGCCCGAGAGAGAGGAGCCUCCGGAGGGGGAGAUCCGACUGAGCCAGGGGGACGAGGAGAGGUACGUGUUGGAGGCUCCUAGAAAGCUCAGCCAUCCAGCCACGGAGGUAGAGGUAGAGGUGGACAGGCUCUCCCCAGACACUCUCCCUGGCCCCUCACACCCCAGGAAUGGCCAGGCCCACACAGUCCUCGCCACGCUGCCCCCUGAGCAGAAUGGGAACGUCGUGUAUAAGAGGGGCUUUGUCCCACGGACAGCCACAGAGAAGCAGGUGCAGAGGAAGACUGCUCUGGCUCAGGUGGAGCACUGGGUCAAAGUACAGAAGGGAGAUCCCAAGAGCAACACACCUACUACUGAGUACGCCCUCCCCCUUCCUCAGCGGACGCCUCCCCUGCAGCCUAAGGCCGUGGUAGUAGAGGCCUACCAGACAUUGCCAAAGACCCCCAGACUCCCGUCUGGCGGGAGCUCCCCUUCGGCGCCCCGCAACCUGCCCAGCGACUACAAAUACGCCCACGACCGGCUCAGCCACUUCCGCAUGUCCACCGAUGAGCGCAUGGCCACCAAGGAGGGCAUGGUGUGGCAGCUGUAUGAGUGGCAGCAGCGCCAGCAGUUCCGCCACGGCAGCCCCACGGCGCCCAUCUACACCGGGCCAGACUUCCUGGACACAGCCUCCUUCAGGGUCAUUGUGGAGCUGCCUCGCUCCAUCUCUGUGCCCCCUUCCCCCUGUGAAGUCCCCCCAUCUGUCCCCACCUUCAAACCACUGUCCCCACACAGGCCACACACCCCCUCAGACAGGGUGACGGUCAGGCCGCUGGAUGAGGUGCCACCUGGGGAGUCCCCCACCGGCUCCAGUUCUCCUAGACGGGUGUUUUCUCAGCUCUCUAAGACUAGUCAGCUGGAGAGACGGUCAAUGCCAGCCAUGGGCUACAUCACACACACAGUCAGCGUACCAAGCUUGCAUGGGAAAACGGCAGAUGAUACUUACAUGCAACUGAAGAAGGACCUGGAUUAUCUCGAUCUGAAGGUGGGCCCCAAGAGAAAAGAUCACGUUACAGGGCGUGAAACUCUGAAAGACAGACCAUCGAGACCUGUUAAGAUAGCAGAGAGCGAUGUUGAUGUGAAGUUAAGUCGACUGUGUGAACAAGACAAGAUCCUUCAGGAGCUGGAAACAACGAUACGCACGCUCAAGGAAGACAAGGACAAGUUGGAGUCCGUGCUGGACGUGUCCCACCAGCAGAUGGAGCAGUACCGGGACCAGCUGGCCCACCAGGAGAAGAUAUCCUACCAGCAGAGACUACUGCAGGAGGACGUGGUGCACAUCAGAGCUGAGAUCUCUCAGGUGUCCACGGAGAUGGAGAAUGCGUGGAACGAGUACAGCAGCCUGGAGAGAGAUGUAGACUGGUUGAGGACAGCUCUGGAGGGCCAGAUGAACCGCAGUGGUCUCUCUCAGAAGGAGAAGUCCCAGAUCAAGAGGGAGUUGUGGAGGGUUGAAGACGUAAUAGCAGGCCUCAGCUCCAGCAAAGCCAACUACCUAAUCACCAUCUCCUCUGUGACCAACCCAGAGAGAAAACUUGUGCCUUCCGUGUCGCCGUCGUCAAUGCCUUCUCUGUCUGCCAGUCCCUCCCUGGGAGAGAUGAGACUGGCCCAGCAGCACAGCCCCCACCUCAGCCCCACAACCCCCACCUCCACCCAGCACACCACCGCAGCCCUCCCCAUGUCUGUGCCAAAAUGGGCAGAUGAAGGCGCCCCUCCCCGACCACCACUACCUCAGCUAUACAGUCCUGAGGACCACGCCCCGGCCGUGCCUCCGCCGCCCAGGGAAACCAGCGUCAUCAGACACACGUCUGUACGAGGCCUCAAACGACAGUCUGACGAACGCAAGCGGGACAGGGAGAUUGGCCAAUACACCAACGGCGACAAUAAGGUGGAGCUGCGCACCUUCCUGAGUGAACCUGAGCUUCUGGGAGUGGGAGGGUCUGGUCACAUGAGGAUGGGGGCCUUGGGGCAUGAUGGUGGCUACCAGACCCUGCCAAGCAGAGGGCCGGCUGGCUCCUCAUCCAGGCUAAAUCAGUCCACAAACAUCUCCUCAUAUGUUACCCUCAGAAGAGGAGCCUCAGCCGCCUCAGGCCUGAAGGAGAGACCAAAGAGUGCCUUGGAGCGUCUGUACUCUGGGGAUGUGCUGCAGCAGCAGAGCAGGGGGAGGAUGAGUGCUGAGGAGCAGCAGCAGAGCAGGGGGAGGAUGAGUGCUGAGGAGCAGCUGCAGAGGCUGAAGAGGCACCAGAAAGCUCUGGUCCGCCAGCGCAAGAGGACCCUGAGUCAAGGAGAACGCCAGGCCUCCUCAUCAUCACAGCAACGCCCCCUUUCCGCAGACCUGGGCUCAUGGAGGCGAGAGCAGGAGUUUGACCUGCAGUUGCUGGAGCGGGCGGUGCAAGGGGAGGAGGCGCGGGGCGUGGUCCAGGGCGAGGAGUGUCCAGCAGAGCACAGUGAUAGACCUCGGUCCCAGUCAGACGAGUGGCUGACCCUCCGCUCUACAGCCACGUCCACACUUACCCAGGAGGCGGACCUAGAGACGCUGGACUAUGACCUGGACCUCAGCCGAGAGCUGGCCAAACCUCAGAAGGUGUUAAUCCCCGAGCGCUACAUAGACACAGAGCCUGAGGAACCUCUCAGCCCUCAGGAGGUGGAGGCUCGCCAUCGCAACAUGGAGCGCAUCAAGAACAUUCUGGCCAAGUCCAGUGUUCAGAUCCUGGCGGGGCCCUCUGUGGCGGUGGACAAGCCAGAGGUGCUGGGUCUGGACUCAGCCCUACUGAAGCAGGAGAGGAUCAUCACCAUGUCUUACGCCCUGGCCUCAGAGGCCUCCCUCAAGAGCAAGCAGGUCGCAGAUCCCCUGGCCUGUACAGACCCAGACUCAAGCAGCUCCAGGCCUAGCAUGGGGAAACCCAGCCAGUGA